GUUUCUAAAUCCAACAACCCUUAGCCAAUUACGCCCACGCCGCUCUGCUUCCCUCACCGUAACCUCUUCGCGGGAGACGAUCAAAACCCGAGCGCUCUCUCUUCGUCUUCCAAAACGACUCUGCAUUUCUCUCAGUCCCGGUAAAGAAUCAACAAUUAUUAGCCUACGUUUCUGCAACUUGUUUCGUGAACUUUGUUGGUUUUUUGUGAAUUUUUUCGCGGCCGAGUUUGAUAUUGGGGAAGAUGUGGCAAGCACAGUACCGGAAACAUGACGCGGAGUCGGGGUCGACGCCAUUAUACCCGAUGAUGCUGGAGAGCCCGGAGCUCCGGUGGGCCUUUAUCCGCAAGAUUUACUCCAUUCUGACCUUGCAGUUGCUUUGCACCAUCGCCGUCGCGGCGGUGGUCGUCGCCGUCCGCCCAAUCUCCGUCUUCUUUACCACCACCGGGGCCGGUUUGGCCCUUUAUAUCCUGCUCAUCAUAACGCCUUUCAUUGUGCUGUGCCCACUGUAUUACUAUCAUCAGAAGCACCCUGUCAACUUCGUUCUGCUUGGGAUUUUCACUGUUAGUAUUUCUUUUGCGGUGGGACUGACUUGUGCUUUCACCAGCGGGAAGGUAAUAUUGGAAGCAGUAAUCUUAACAGCUGCUGUGGUUGUAAGCCUCACUUUAUACACAUUCUGGGCUGUGAAAAGAGGCCAGGAUUUCAACUUCCUCGGGCCCUUCUUGUUUGGUGCUAUUGUUGUGCUUAUUCUCUUUUCACUGAUUCAGGUGCUCUUCCCUCUGGGUAAGAUCUCUGUCAUGAUAUACGGGUGCCUGGCUUCAAUUGUAUUCUGUGGGUACAUCAUAUACGACACGGACAACCUGAUCAAGCGUUAUUCCUACGACGAGUACAUUUGGGCAUCUGUAUCGUUGUAUCUGGACGUCAUCAAUCUCUUCCUUUCGUUGUUGACUGUCUUCAGAGCCGCAGAUAGCUAAAGAGACCCCCUUCUGCUCUUUGCACGCCCUUCUUCACCAUCUAUCCCCAUCUUUUAUGUUUCUUCCCAGAAACAUAAGGACACGAUACGUUCAAAUUCUGUCUGUAAUAAUAUAUAGUAAAUGGCUGGUUGAAGUGUAUUUCCCAGUCUAGUAAUGCUCCCAGUUCCCAGUUGGAUUCUUUUUUUUUUUCUCUUCUUUUCCCUUUCGUCAGGUCAUUUUUCUGGGUAUAUUGUGAUUUUUUUUUUUUGAAUUUGUAAGCACCACUCAUGACCCAACUGUAAUUUAUUUACAAUCUAAAUGCAUGAUGGUA